CAAUUUUUUUUAUGUAUUCAUGAAUAAGGAAGAUAUUAAAUGAUUUCCUGCAAAAUUAAAACACAGAUCUUGACAUUUGGUUUCUUUCUGACGCAAAUAAUUGCAUAAAAACAUUUAUGCAUUAGUUAAUUGUUUUUAAAAUGUCCGAUAUUUUUAAGGCAACUGAAUAAAUAAAUGGAUAUUAUUUGUGAUGAAAUACCUGAGCAACUUCAAUUAUUAAAUCAUCGUGGUAUUGAUAACCAAAGUUUAAAUAGAAGUGGAAUAAAGGAUAAAAUGUCAUCAAAUAUACCAAUCAUUGACUCAUCUACAAGUAAUUCUACAAAUAAAAUAAAGGAUUUAAAUUAUCUAAAAUCAAAGAAAAAGUUGAAAUCAAAAAUGUCAAAUACCACAAUAAAUUAUAAUAUUAUUCAUUCGAAUAAUAUAAAAAUUGGAUCAACAACGAAACAUACAUAUAAUCUAAAUAAUUUUCAAGAUCCUAAUGCAUCAAUGAAUAAUUGUAAUGAAAAAGAAUCGAAACAAAUGCUUCCAAAUAUAGAAACUUUAAGUAAAAGCACAGUAGAAAUUACUAAGGAAGAUAUAUUUUUAAUUAAAACUCACAUUGGUAGUGGAUGGAAGGAGUUUGCUAAAAGAAUUGGAUUUUCAAAAGGUCAAAUAGAGCAAUUUUUAGAAGAUUUUAAGCAUAAAGGAAUAAGUGAAGUUUUGUACCAUAUUUUAAUAGAUUGGAAGCAGUCUUGUACCAAAGAAGCAACAAUUGGACGUUUAAUUUGUGCCUUAUGGUUAAGUCACGAGUACGAUUGCAUUGAAAGAUUGGUAUCAGCUCAAACAAAAUAAAAUAAGAUAAAAAUAUUUAUUUAAAUUAAAUUUUUAUUCAAUAGUAAUAUAAUA